CCAGUGUAUUUGGGAGUAUUUUCUGAUGAUCACGUUUCUCCCUUGAUCCCCGCUUGCUGUUUUUGACUUUUCCUCCGUCACCUGCUUUUUUACUCCAAAAGACACACCAAGCUCGGGGCAGAAAUAACUUGGGUUUUGGGCCUUGGGGACAGUAGCAAAAUGCUACAUCAAUGAAACCCUAUUCAAAAUCAAGUGUUUGGGGAGAAAAAUAAAAGCGUAUCCUUUUGAUUCUUACCUUUGCGUGCACACAAAGGUUGGAAAGUUCUUGCUGCGAAUGGAGGAAGGAUCAAAUUGCAGGUACUUUAAUUUGUGGUUUUAGUGCUGAUAAUAAACAAACACAGCUGCAGACCAGGGCUGUGUAUGUAUUUUAAUUAAAUACAGAAGCUCUUUGUUAGCGGAGCUGCAACUGUUGACUUCAAAGGCUUUUUGGCACAGACACGGCAGGUUUUUCUGUUUUGCAUUGUUGGGUUCUCGUUGGGGGUCUCUUUAGUAUUUUUUUUGCAAAUGUGAAUAACGAUGUAAAUACCUCCCGUGGGACCAGUUUUGCCUCGCUGAGGAGAGACCUGAGUCUGUUCACGGUUUGCCGUGGAAAAAGCUGUACCCGGGUAAGGUUAAAAAUCCAAAGAAUUUAGAAAAAACAGUUUGCAAGAACAACAUAGACAAAUAUGCACUUGUGGGAGGUUUUGAGAAGCGAUAAUUCAGAGUGGACGUGGGCAGGGAUGUGGAAAAAGACAGAAAGGAGCUUUGAGGAAAGGAAUUUGGAAAAAUAAGUGCUGUGCUGAGCAGCGCUGAGGUUUUGGGGGGGGAUUACGAGUUCUUUUUGUCUUUUUAUUUUAGUGAGCAGAGGAGCAUCCUGGCAAAUCCCCGGGCUGGAGAAGGACCUGGCUGGUCCCUGCUGCGGUCUCAGGAUCUUCUUGACGCAGCUCAACUUGGUGGCGGUGGAGUUGAGGGACACGCUCGUCCCCGGAGGGUCUUUUUGUCCCCUCCUCUGCGGCACCAGGCAUGGCAGAAGCUCCUCAUGACGCAGGUGAAGACUUGACUGCCGUAACGAUGCUGUCGCAGCGGAGAGUGAAGGAAGAAGGGACCAGUCUCAGCCUCAAGUGCAUUAAAGAUAAAAAGGUCCCCAUCGGAGUCACCCUGGUGGUAGCAGUGUUGCUUCUCGCCGUCAUUGCCCUGGCGGCUAAAAAAUGCCCGUCUUGUCCAUCCUGCCCCUCUCCCGUCCCUUCCAGCUGCCUGGAAAACGGGAUCGGGUAUGGGGAGAAGUGCUUUUACUUUGUGGAGAAUGAAGCGGAUUGGAACAGCAGUGAGAUCUCUUGCCUUGCUCUCGGAGCCCAUUUGGCCACCAUCGACACUGGGAAGGAGCUGGAUUUCUUCCUGCGCUAUGGGCGUUCCAUGCACUACUGGGUCGGUCUCCACAGGGACGGUUUUGGACCUUGGAAGUGGCUCAACGGGUCUCUCUACAACAACUCGUUCGAAGUUCGAGGCAAGGGACAAUGUGCCUACGUCAAUCACGACGGGAUCAGCAGCGACUGGUGCUCCCAGAUGAAAUACUCCAUCUGCAGCCACCUGCAAAAGCGUCCCGGCAGGAGCCAGAAGGAUUCAGAAUUCCUCAGUUUCACCUGCAAGGGGGUGCUGCAGAUGUGGGAGUGCAGCUCGCCCCUCCGAAUCGCCGCACAAGCGUCCGCCUCCUUGGGACCCAUCACCGGAGACCUAGAGCACGAAAUCUUCCACCUUCAUCCUACGUUGGCACCGUUGCCCGGUCUGGUAGCACCUUUCCGUGGUGUAAAUCAAAACUGGGUGAGCCCUCGUCAGGAAGCUCCAUGUGAGCCAGUAGAAGUCCCAGGUGGAUUUGAGGAGCUGGAAGGAGACAGGUCCAUGGCCAAGACGCUGGAGUGGGAAGAUCCCCCUCGUGGGUGGGUUUCCAUCGCCGUGUGGGUGGUGCUGGUCCUACUGGUGGCCUUGACUGCAAUUAAAACGUUCUUCCCCCCAGAAGUUCUGCAAAGAUUUCCCACCUCCGGGAGGCUGAGGCCCGACAGCCCUCAUGACACCUCUGAAACUCGGCAGGCGAGGCCCCGGUGGAGGCGAAACCCCCCCAAAAUGAAGGAAACGAGGGAUUUUUCCAGGUUUUCAAGUGCGGAAAGGAGCACAGGGGCAGGUCACAACCUUGAGAUGAAGGCGGAGGCGCGGGUGGCCUUUCAGGUGACAAUGGCCGUGCUUUUCAUGGCUCUGCUCGUUACUGCCGUCACUUUUGCAGCGCAGGCUUUUCACCCUUGGUCCCCCCCCUGUUUUCGGUGUCCCUUCGACUGGAUCGGGUACAGAGGAAAAUGCUACUAUUUUUCGGAGAUUGAGGGGAACUGGACAUCCGGCCAGAACAACUGCUCAGCGCUUGGGGCUUCCUUGGCCAUGCUCGACGGCGUGGAGGAGUUGAGCUUUGUGGUGAGAUACAAAGGCACCUCAGAGCAUUGGAUCGGCCUUUCGCGGGGAGAUGGGGAGCAACCGUGGAAAUGGGUGAACAACUCGCGUUUCUCUCACCUCUUUCGCUUUCUUACAACCAACCCUGCCAAGAUAGAAAUAGUUCAGCAUCAAUAUUGGCAUAUCGAUACCCACGAGUUCUUCUCCUUUUUCCUGUUCGCCCCAUCUAAGGUAGGUUCUCUCAUUUCUCCCUCCAGGUUUCGGAUCGGCGGCGGUGGCCUCUGCGCCUACGUGACCGGCGACGGGCUCAGCUCCUCCCGCUGCAGCGCCCGGAGGAGCUGGGUUUGUAGUAAAGCCGAGUUGCAGAAUCCCAGGCAAAACAGGACAAAACGGGCUCAAAACCUUUGCGUCAGCUCUUAAGAGGCUGUGGGAAGCACUCCUCCAACCCAAAUACCCAGUUUCGUCCCCCAAAACCAAAAAAAACCAACGCAACCUCAACCCCCCCCACCACCCCAACCCCACAGAAAAAGCAACCUUAAAGGGGGGGAAAAAAAAAAGCCUAUUGCCAAAAAUUGCAGAAUAAGAACCAAAGUUACGAUGUGGUUGCGUUUCCCAACCCAACUUUGCCCUCCGAGCGACGAGGAAUUUGUGGUGAUUACCCGCAGCACCCCAGUAAUUAGUUAUUCAUGAUUAAACGCCAGAGAGAGAGGAAGAGGCGCAGCCGAAGCGACGAGGCCGGGGAGGACGUCUUGGGGGGUGAAGCUUAGCGAGGUGCCUGGGGCCUUGCACGGUGCGACCCGAAAAAGGGGCAAAUGCCAUUGGAUUUUUUGCUUUUCCCACUUCUGGCGGAGUUAAAGGAGCAACG